AUGGGGACUUCAGCAACUGACGUCUCAACUCGAGUUGAGUCGAAGUCCCCUACUAUACGCUCUAAGAACCCCUCGCCGCCGCGUCAAGACGUCAAGUCCGACUCGACAUCCAAACCCGACGCUGCGUCCAAUGCUGCACUCGCGAAACCUCUCGCGCCCCCUCCUCGACCCGGUCAACAAGGAACCAACACUCCGGACUACUUUGCGCCCCAGCCCGGUGGCUCUCUCAGCCUGGAGCCCAAUCCCUUCGAGCAGUCCUUCGGCGGCGGCGGCGGUCCUGAGACGCCCGGAGGUACUAAGUUGCCCUCGGUCGCUUCAUUGACUUCGCCAUCAUCCCUCUUGCCCGGGACCGGUUCAACGCCCUUCAACUGGGGCGGAGGCUCUCUUCGCACCGGUCCUCUAAGCCCUGCCAUGCUCUCCGGCCCCGCUACCGAUUAUUUUACUGAAGGUCACCUUCGCGGCGGCUUUCCCACUCCUAACGAAUCUUCGUUACGGUCUGGUCUCACACCUGGUGGCAGUGGUUCUAUGUUCCCGGCCCCGAGUCCCAACUCCCAAGCUCUUUUUGCCCAACUCGCCAGCGGCGGUGCCACACCCAACACGCUCGAUUUUCACCGCACUGCUUUGAGUGCGGCCGCUAAACGUGAACAAAUACAACAAAAUCAAUCACAUAACCAACAACAACCCGUGCAACCCCAGCCACAAGCACCUGCACAGCUGCCACCUACAACGCAACCCCAAGAUAUGACCAACGGCAGUACAGUUAAGGUCGAGCCCAAGCCUGCCUCCGGUCCUUUUGAUGGCCACGAUAAUGACGCUGCCAAUGGCCUCUACAUGCUUGCACAAGGCAGAAAUGGACCUCAAGGCCCAAACCCUUCUGUCAACCAGGCUCAACCUGCCGCGGCUAGUGCCCCCAGGGUAAACGGAAACAUGGUCAAGCAUGUGCGCGGCGGUAGUGAGAUCACCAAUGGCUCUGAGGAAAACGACAACACCAAACCCGCACGGGGUAAGGGCAAGAAGGCUCAAGCCAACAAUCGUAGAAAGGCCGAAGAAGCUCCCGCAAAGGCCCCGCCUGCCAAAAAGACCAAGGCUGUCGUUUCGCCCCCUAGCGAACCCUCUGACAUGUCUGAAGAUGACGAUGACGGUGAUUCAGCCGGCAGGACCAAGAUGACGGAUGAGGAGAAGCGCAAAAACUUUUUAGAACGCAAUCGUGUCGCCGCGCUGAAAUGUAGGCAACGCAAAAAGCAAUGGCUUGCGAACCUACAGACCAAGGUUGAGAUGUUUAGCUCGGAGAACGAUGCGUUGACCGCACAGAUCACGCAGCUUCGGGAGGAGGUGGUUAAUCUUAAAACUCUCCUGCUUGCCCACAAGGACUGCCCUGUCACCCAGCAACAGGGUCUUCAGAGCAGCUACAUGCAGCCGGUGAUGGAGGCUUUUCCAAAUCAGAUGAAUCCUUAUGGUAUGACCGGGCCUAUGGCCAAUCAGCAGCAGGUCAUGGCCGGUCAAGGGAUUCCCCGCCGUUUCUCUUAA